AUGAGUGCCCAUCUGGCCAUGCCGCCCUACUUGCCCUACCCGGGCACGGUCAGGUACGGGGACUACUACUGGGUCUCUCCAGGGAGCAUGGACGACAGCGUGCCCGCCGAGGAGGCUCCGCCGGCGGACGCCCUCCCCUUCGCCGCGGCGGCGGGGACCCAUGUCUCUCCGGCUUCCUCCAGCUCCGGGACACUCAUCCAGUACACCCCCGACUCUGCCACUAGCCCCACCACAGAGCGUCCAUCUCCCCAGCCCCCUUUCCAGAAGGUCAAGGAGGAAGGUGAGGGGGUGGUGAAGAAGGCCAAGAGCCGCACGGCCUUCUCCCAGGAGCAGCUGCAAAUCCUGCACCAGUGGUUCCAGAGCCAGAAGUACCUCAGCCCCCAGCAGAUCCGAGAGCUGGCUGCUUCCCUGGGGCUCACCUACAAGCAGGUGAAAACAUGGUUUCAGAAUCAACGGAUGAAAUUUAAACGUUGCCGGAAGGAGAGCCAGUGGGGGGAAAAAGGAGUUUAUCUACCACAGAAUGGGUUUCAUCAGGCUUCGUACCUGGAUAUACCCUCCACGUUUCACCAGAGCUUCCCUGUUGGUACCAGCAGAAACCUUCAGGCCGUGACCAAUGUGCACCAGGCUUACAGCAGUGGCCAGACUUAUGGGAAUGGGCAGAGCCUGUACACCUUCAUGGCUGUGGAGGACGACGGGCUCUUUGGAAAAGGCGGGUCAAGCUGUAAUACCCAGCAAGCCAUGGGUGUGUUAAGCCAGCAGAUGAACUUCUAUCACAGCUACUCUGCCGACGUGGAUUAUGUUAGCCUGGAGUCAGAAGAGAGCUAUGGCUUCCAGAGCACCUCUGACAGCGUUACACCGUUCUCCAGCUCUCCUGUUCUGCAUCAAUACCAGGCCCCUUGGCAUCCCUUGGGGACCCAGACUGGUUAUGAGUCUUAG